AUGGCUACUGAGGACACUGCCGGGUCGGGGAGCAGAGUGGCGGGCAUGGUGUGCAGUCUGUGGGUCCUAGUUCUGGGGCCCUCGGUUCUGGCUCUGGAAGAAGUGCUGCUGGACACCACAGGAGAGACCUCUGAGAUUGGCUGGCUCACCUACCCGCCAGGUGGGUGGGACGAGGUGAGUGUUCUAGAUGACCAGCGCCGGCUGACUCGGACCUUCGAAGCGUGCCACGUGGCAGGGGUUCCUCCAGGCGCUGGGCAGGACAAUUGGCUGCAGACACACUUUGUGGAACGGCGAGGGGCCCAGAGGGCGCACAUCCGCCUUCACUUCUCAGUGCGAGCCUGCUCCAGCCUGGGUGUCAGUGGGGGCACCUGCCGGGAGACCUUCACUCUUUACUACCGGCAGGCCGAGGAGCCUGACAGCCCCGACAACAUUUCGGCCUGGCACCUCAAACGCUGGACCAAAGUGGACACAAUUGCAGCAGAUGAGAGCUUCCCGGCCUCCUCCUCUUCCUCCUCUUCCUCAUGGGCCGUGGGACCCCACAGGACUGGUCAGCGGGCGGGACUUCAGCUCAAUGUGAAAGAGCGCAGCUUUGGCCCUCUCACUCAGCGGGGCUUCUAUGUGGCCUUCCAGGACACAGGGGCCUGCCUGGCCCUUGUAGCAGUCAAGCUCUUCUCCUACACCUGUCCCUCUGUCCUGCGUGCCUUUGCCUCCUUUCCCGAGACUCAGGCCAGUGGAGCAGGAGGUGCCUCCCUGGUGGCAGCUAUGGGCACCUGUGUAGCUCAUGCAGAACCAGAGGAGGAUGGAGUAGGAGGCCAGGCCGGGGGCAGCCCCCCACGGCUACACUGCAAUGGCGAAGGCAGGUGGAUGGUCGCUGUGGGAGGUUGCCGCUGCCAGGCAGGACACCAGCCUGCUCGAGGAGACAAGCUCUGCCAAGCCUGCCCUGAGGGGUCCUAUAAGGCCCUAGCUGGCAAUGCCCCUUGCUCACCAUGUCCAGCUCGCAGCCACUCUCCUGAUCCUGCAGCCCCGGCUUGCCCGUGUCUCCAGGGCUUCUACAGGGCCAGUUCUGAUCCACCAGAGGCCCCUUGCACUGGCCCCCCAUCUGCUCCCAGGGAGCUUUGGUUUGAGGUACAAGGGUCAGCACUCAUGCUGCACUGGCGCUUGCCUCAGGAGCUGGGUGGACGAGGGGACCUGCUCUUCAAUGUUGUGUGCAAGGAGUGCGGAGGCCACCGGGAGUCCAGCAGUGGGGGGACAUGUCGUCGCUGCAGGGAUGAGGUGCAUUUCGACCCCCGCCAGAGGGGCCUGACUGAGAGUCGAGUGUUAGUUGGGGGGCUCCGAGCACGCGUGCCAUACAUCUUGGAAGUGCAGGCUGUCAAUGGGGUGUCUGAGCUCAGCCCUGACCCUCCCCAGGCAACAGCCAUCAAUGUCAGCACCAGCCAUGAAGUCCCGUCUGCAGUCCCUGUCAUGCACCAGGUGAGCCGAGCAGCUAAUAGCAUCACAGUGUCCUGGCCGCAGCCUGAGCAGACAAAUGGGAACAUCCUCGACUACCAGUUGCGCUAUUAUGACCAGGCGGAAGACGAGUCCCACUCCUUCACCAUGACCAGCGAGACUAACACUGCCACUGUGACAAGGCUGAGCCCUGGCCACAUCUAUGGCUUCCAGGUGCGGGCACGGACGGCGGCCGGUCUCUAUUUCCAGACCCUGCCUCAAGGUGAGCCGAAGUCUGGAUGAGCAUUUGGGUCCCAAGACUUUGUGUACUUGGCCAGGGUGUCAUCCUAGGCUGUUGAUUUGCCUCUCAGGAAGCGCCGUGGGACCGGCUACACCGAACAACUGCAGCAGUACAGCAGCCCAGGGCUUGGAGUAAAGUAUUACAUUGACCCUUCCACCUAUGAGGACCCCUGCCAGGCCAUCAGAGAACUUGCUCGAGAAGUUGACCCUACAUAUAUCAAGAUUGAGGAAGUCAUUGGGGCAGGUUCCUUUGGAGAGGUGCGUCGGGGCCGACUGCAACCCCGGGGAAGGCGGGAACAAGCCGUGGCUAUCCAGGCCCUGUGGGCAGGGGGUGCUGAGACCCUAAAGAUGACCUUUCUGGGCCGAGCAGCGCUGCUGGGUCAAUUCCAGCACCCCAAUAUCCUGCGGCUAGAAGGUGUAGUCACCAAGAGCCGGCCCAUCAUGGUGCUGACUGAACUCAUGGAACUUGGUCCCCUGGACAGCUUCCUUAGGCAGCGGGAGGGCCAGUUCAGCAGCCUGCAGCUGGUGGCCAUGCAGCGGGGGUUAGCCGCUGCCAUGCAGUACCUGUCCAGCUUUGCCUUUGUGCAUCGAGCACUCUCUGCCCGGAGUGUACUGGUGAACAGCCACCUGGUGUGCAAGGUGGCCCGGCUUGGCCACAGUCCUCAGGGUUCAAGUUCCUUGCUUCGCUGGGCAGCCCCAGAGGUCAUCACACACGGGAAAUAUACUACAGCCAGUGAUGUCUGGAGCUUCGGGAUCCUGAUGUGGGAAGUGAUGAGCUACGGGGAGCGGCCCUACUGGGACAUGAGUGAGCAGGAGGUACUAAAUGCCAUCGAGCAAGAGUUCCGGCUGCCCCCACCUCCAGGGUGCCCCACUGGGCUACACCUACUGAUGCUAGACACUUGGCAGAAGGACCGUGCCCGUCGGCCUCACUUUGACCAGCUUGUGGCUGCAUUUGACAAGAUGAUCCGCAAGCCGGACACACUACAGGCUGAAGGGGGCUCCGGGGACAGGCCUUCCCAGGCUCUUCUGAACCCCGUGGCCUUGGCCUUUCCUUGCCUGGACUCUCCCCAGGCCUGGCUUUCAGCCAUUGGACUAGAGUGCUACAAGGACAACUUCUCCAAAUUUGGCCUUUCCACCUUCAGUGAUGUGGCUCAGCUCAGCCUGGAAGACCUGCCGGGUCUGGGCAUCACCCUGGCUGGCCACCAGAAGAAACUCCUGCACAACAUCCAGCUCCUCCAGCAGCACCUGAGGCAGCCAGGCUCAGUGGAGGUGUAA